AUGGAUAUUGCGCGGCCAGUGACGAAGGAGGUAUCCGCAGUAUCUUUCUCCUUCUACUCGGCCGAGGAGGUCAAAAGGCUCUCUGUCAAAAGAAUCACAAAUCCUAUACUGGUUGACACGCUGGGCCAUCCAACUAGAGCUGGUCUGUACGAUCCGUCUUUAGGUCCAUUGACUCCUCAUGACAUUUGCUCGACAUGUAAUCUAAACUAUUUCGCGUGUCCCGGCCAUUUUGGUCACAUAGAGCUAGCUGCACCAUGCUACAAUCCAGUCACUUUUAGGUUGAUGCUCAAACUCCUAGCCUCAACCUGUCUAUAUUGCCACAAAUUCAGACAUUCUCGUGUCGUAAUAGCAAUCACCAUCGCGAAACUCAAACUCGUGCAAGCUGGUCUAGUGCUCGCUGCCAACGAUAUAGAAAAUGUCAUUGUAAAGUCAAAAUCAAAAGCACAGGGUGCCAAGCGGAAGAAAAUGGCUGAUAGUGAACCUGUCGAUGAGGAUGAAGACGAAGGAGACGAUCCGGGCGAUGCUAGAACGGAAGCAGACUUUGUAAAACAGGUUGGUGAAUAUGUUGCUAAAGCAAUGACUACGUAUACCAAAGAGCAUGGUCAUCCACCUCCUUUACGAGCUGGCAAAUUGACGCACUCAACGGAAACAGCUCGUAAAAUCGAACACGAAUUCCUGGGAUCCGUACCACCGAGAUAUUGCACGAACUGUCGUGGUGUAGCUCAUAAAUAUAGAGCAGAGGGUAAUCGUAAAGUGUUUGAAAAGAGAUUAUCUUCCAAGGUGGCUAUGGCUAUGGAUGCUCGUGGUCUGACUCUUCAAAACGUAUUCGCUGCUGCUGUUAGUCCCAUAAAGAGAGCCGGAACAGAUGAUGCGUCUAAUGACGGUAGAUCAUCGCCACGUCGAGGAUGGUCUCGAGCAUCCAGUGUAGACUCUGAAGGAUCUGUAGAACGCCUACCCAAUAUACAGCAGGCUUUAGGUGGUAUGAGCAGAAACGAUAUGGAGGCUGGCUUUCAUGAUAUUCAGCAGGAAGAAGAGCGAUCUGCUAGAUUGGCUGAAGCUGAAGACCAACAAGCUGAAUUCGAACAAGCUACUGCCAAAGCAACAGCUGUCACUCCUAUCUCUCUCACAAGUAGUAGAGAAGCACGAUACGUACCACCUAUAGAAGUCCGUGCACAUCUCAACAUGUUGUGGGACCGAGAACGAAGCGUCCUUGAUUUGUUAUACGGACAUCGAGAAGCACGACACCGUAUAUCAUCCUCUGAUAUAUUCUUUUACGACAUACUUACCGUAACACCCACCAAAUUCCGCCCAGCAUCCAAAAUGGACGAUGCCCUAUUCGAACAUCCGCAAAACACACACUUGAUCAACAUCCUCAAAGCAAAUUCACUCAUGGGAACCAUAAACAAGAAUAUCAAACAGUUGCGUGAAGAUGGCGCUGACGCCAAUGAAUCUGUUACUGCUCGGAAUAAGAAAAUGUCGGAUCUCAUGAAACGGAUGGUGAAUGCUUGGAUAUCAUUACAGGAUGGUGUUAAUGGGCUGAUUGAUUCUUCUAAAGUUGCCACGUAUCGUGGGAAGGAAGCUCCUGCUGGUGUGAGACAGAUAUUGGAAAAGAAGGAAGGGCUGUUUAGAAAACAUAUGAUGGGUAAACGUGUAAAUUAUGCUGCUAGGUCUGUUAUCUCACCUGAUCCUUAUAUCGAGACUAAUGAGAUUGGGAUCCCGCCUGUGUUCGCAACCAAACUCACAUAUCCAGAACCAGUCACGCAAUACAAUGCCACUAUAUUACGAGCUGCUGUCAUCAAUGGUCCUGACAAAUGGCCUGGUGCAACUCAUGUACAAAAUGAAGAUGGAACACUAGUUAGUCUGUCUCAAUUCACUGAACAAGGACGAGCUGCUAUUGCUCAAACACUGUUGACUCCUCCUGCUAUGACUGGUCGUGAACUUGAUGCUAUGUCUCCGAAUAUCAACAAGAAAGUGCAUCGUCACGUUCGCAAUGGUGACUUUUUAUUGUUGAAUCGUCAACCUACUCUACACAAACCCUCCAUUAUGGCUCAUACAGCUCGUAUAUUACCUGGCGAAAAGACGCUGAGAAUGCAUUAUGCCAAUUGUAACACAUAUAAUGCCGAUUUCGACGGUGACGAAAUGAAUGCCCACUUGCCGCAAACCGAAUUGGGUCGUGCCGAAGCCAUGAUUAUAGCUCGUACAGACCAGCAAUAUCUCGUCCCCACUGCUGGUGAUGUCCUUCGAGGUCUCAUCCAAGAUCACGUUGAUGCAGGUGUCGACCUGACAUCUCGAGAUACAUUCCUGGAACGAGAACAGUUUAUGCAAUUAUUAUAUGUUGGAUUGCGGCCUGAAUCACGGCAAAAUGGUGGGACAAGUAGUAUGAUUGGAGAUGGUAAUAUUGAAAGUGAAGUGAUUAUUGGCGAUAUGGGUAGAGUUAUUAUGGUGGAGCCUGCUAUUUGGAAGCCAAAGCCUUUGUGGACUGGAAAGCAAGUUAUAUCAGCAAUACUUUUAAAUCUGACACACUCCAACGACCGUAAUCCUCUAAACCUGAGAUCAAAAGCUCGUAUACCAGCCAAGUCAUGGGGUCCAUCAGCACCAGAAGAACAAACGGUCCUCGUAUUAGAUGGUCACUUAAUCCAAGGUAUUCUCGACAAGUCACAAUUCGGUGCCACAGCUCAUGGUCUCGUCCAUGGCGUCUAUGAAAUCUAUGGAGCAACCUACGCAGGCAAACUCCUUUCCAUCUUUGGUCGAGUUUUUACGGCAUACCUGCAAUAUAAGGGCUUCACCUGUCGUAUGGACGAUUUGAGAUUGACUCAAUCCGGUGAUUUAGAAAGAACUCUAUUGAUUGCCAAGAGUCUUGAGAUUGGUCGUGAAGGAGCAUGCGAAUAUGUCAAAGCCACACCUGAAGAAGAUGUGAAAUCCAUCACCGACGAUAUGAUUACAUCGCGGCUAGAAGAUGUUCUCCGUAGCUCUGAGCGCAUGGCUGGUCUAGACGCCACCAUGAAAAACAAGACGAAUAAACUUACCUCUGAAAUCAUUUCAGCCUGUAUACCCGAUAAAUUGCUGAAACCCUUCCCAGGAAAUAAUAUGCAAAUGAUGACUGUGUCUGGUGCUAAAGGAAGUAAUGUGAAUGUCAGUCAGAUUUCCUGUUUGCUGGGGCAGCAGGAACUGGAAGGUCGAAGAGUACCUACUAUGGUUUCUGGAAAGACGUUGCCUAGUUUCCAGGCUUUUGAUUCUAGUGCGAGGUCUGGAGGGUAUAUUACUGGUCGUUUCUUUUCUGGAAUUAGGCCGCAAGAGUACUACUUCCAUUGUAUGGCUGGUCGUGAAGGACUAAUUGACACAGCCGUUAAAACCUCUCGAUCAGGAUACCUGCAACGUUGUCUCAUCAAGCACUUGGAAGGAGCAACAGUCGCAUACGACCACACUGUACGAGAUGCAGACGGCUCAGUCCUCCAAUUCUUAUACGGCGAAGAUGCUCUCGACGUUAUGAAACAAAAGGCACUCACCAAAUUCGAUUUGGCUGCCUUGAAUUACGCAACCCUCAAAGAACGGUACAAGCCUGAAGAGUUUGUUACUGCUGGAGUAGAUACAUACACCGUACCUGAUUUAAUCAAGGUCCGAGAAAAGAGGGCGAAACGGUUUAGUGCUAUUGACGCUGAGCUUGAUGAGGAUGAUAAGAAGCAGGCGAGAGAUGAUUUGGUGCCUGUGUUGAGUAUGUUUAUGCCUAGCAGGUAUAUGGGGAGCGUGUCGGAGUCCUUUAUGAAGGAAUUGGAUGAUUACAUUAAAUUGAAUGCCGAGAAUCUCUUACAUACGAAAGGAUCCAAUCCCAAUAUGAGAUGGACUGGCAAUUCCGUCGUGCCCAAACACUUCAGGCCGUUAAUGUUGCUCAAGUAUAUGUAUUCAUUGGCUGAUCCUGGUGAAGCAGUUGGACUAUUGGCUGCUCAAGGAUUGGGAGAACCAAGUACUCAAAUGACGUUGAAUACUUUCCAUUUUGCUGGGUUUGGUGCUAAAAACGUCACACUUGGUAUUCCAAGACUACGUGAAAUCAUCAUGACUGCUUCCUCUAAAAUCAAGACACCUUUGAUGAGACUUCCAUUACUUCCUGGAGCACCUACUGAAUAUAUUGAUAUGCUGUGUCGAAAGAUUGGUAGAUUGGCAUUGAAUCAAAUCACGGAAGGUGUUACUGUUCGUGAGAGGUUGAGACCUGAGGAGGAUGGAAAACCACGUCGUAAAGUAAUAACAGUCCGUCUCCAACUAUGGCACAAAGCAGCAUACGAACGUGAACACGGUAUAAAAGCCCCUCAACUAAAACAAUUCUUGUCUGGAUCCUUCAUCCCACAACUGGAAAACAUUAUCAAAUUCAACUUGAAGCUGAAGAAGAGCGAUGAUGAUGUACAAGCCAUUGGCGUACAAUUGGGUACUUUCGGAGAGCAAGCUUCAUCUGGUGCUGCCACAGGUGGCGACGACGCCGAAGCAUCGACAUCAGCAGAAAAGAAGGGCAAGAAACUUAAAGAAAAAGACGACGACAACGAUGACGAUGAUGCUGAUGGUAUGGAUGCUAGUGCUGCCAAACGAGCCAGAAAUACGGCCCAGCAUGCUACAUAUGAUGCUCCAGAUGAAGAAGAGCAGGUCAUUAUGGAUAGUCAUCGAGAGGUUGAAGAGGAUUUGGACGAUGAUCAUGAUGACGAUGAUGCUGAGGAUGGUCAAGAAGCUGGUGCUGGUAAAAAGAAGAAGGGUAAAGGUAAAGCUGCUGCCGCUAAAGGGGAAACAGAGGAUGGAGAUGAUGAAGAUCUAGCUGUCAAAGAAGAAGAAGGGGAGUUUGAUAUUGAUUUGAGAAAACGGGAUUUUGCUGCUGCAUUUAGGUUUGACGACGUGCAUGGUGCUUGGUGUGAGAUUGAUUUGGAGUUCGAAGCUAAAACCAAGAAACUCUUGAUGGUUGAUCUCGUUGAAAAGGCAUGUCACCGUCUCGUACUUUCUGAAAUCAAGGGCAUAACAAGGUGUUAUCCUAUGGUUAAUGAAUCAGAGAAUGAUACUUCGGUCAAUCUCGGCACAGAAGGAGUCAAUUUCCGUGGUAUAUGGGAAUUAGACAAGUACAUUGACGUCAACAAGAUAUACACCAACGAUAUAUACGCCGUCUUGACUACAUAUGGUGUUGAAGCUGCACGAGCAGCCAUUGUAGGAGAAAUUGCUAGUGUAUUUGGUGUUUAUGGAAUAUCGGUGGAUAAGAGGCAUUUGAGUUUGAUUGCUGAUUAUAUGACGUUCGAAGGAGGAUACAAAGCUUUCAAUCGAAUGGGAAUGAACUCAAAUCCAUCUCCGUUUGCGCAAAUGUCGUUUGAGACUACUACGUCGUUUUUGACGGCUGCUACCUUAUCCGGUGACUUUGACUCCUUACAAUCACCAUCUGCUCGUCUCGUUAUGGGACAACCUACCAGAGGCGGUACUGGUGCCUUCCAAAUCCGUCAUCCAAUCAAUACUCCAAUUGGUGAUGGUAAUCAUACCAUGAACAGAAAUGUCAAACUUGAACCUGAUGGUGAUGUACUCAUGAGCUCGCCAUCUUCCUCAUUGAAAAAGUGA